CUUUGCAAUUCAUUGCCGCGCUCCGAAGCCCAUGGAAACGGCGAUGAGGCAACUUAGGUGAGCCGGGCCCGCUGCAUGCCCCGAUGGCGAGACAGGGUCUCAAGCCUCCGCAUCUUCUUGGACUAUCCACUCCGCAGACACCAUUUUCCAAGCGGUUGAACAAGGAGUUGGAGGACCUGAAAGCUCGUGGUGCUGAGGAUGGAAUAUUCCUGCACGACUUUCCUGAUUCCAACACCUGUCGGGUUCAAGUGUUCGGAGCCCCUGAUACGCUCUAUGCGGGCGAGACGUUUAUGCUCCGCUUCCACUUCUCAGACCGCUAUCCAUUUGAGAGUCCAGAGGUGGUCUUUGAGGGUGUCUCCCCGAUGCAUCCGCACAUCUACUCCAACGGGCACAUCUGCCUGUCCAUUCUUUACGAUGCGUGGAGUCCCGCCUUAUCAGUCCAUGCUGUUUGCAUGAGCAUCGUCUCAAUGCUCAGCAGCGCACAGAGCAAGGUGAGGCCGCAGGACGACACCACCUACGUGGCCAGGGUUGGGCGCAGGUCGCCAAAGCUGUCCAAGUGGCACUUCGAUGAUGACAGGGUGUGACCACGGAAUUUGGCCCUUAGCCCUCCAUGUGGCUCCAAAGCGAGCCGAACAAGAUGCCAGGGAAAUGAGAAGCUGUCCUGCAUGCAGCAGUGUGAACCUUGACCUGUCAAUCACAAUGACAGAGACCGCAAGAAUGUGCAGAAAGCUGGAAAUUACAUGGAGA